AUGGCAACAGUGGCUCUAGGUAGCAGUCUCAGUCCACUCAUUGAUAGAGAUCAUCAAACCUCCUCUUGGAUUAGUGCUUCAUCUACCACAAUCUGGACGGCUUACCCAUCAGAUGGGAUCUAUACAACAUCGGGGUUUGGAGGGUCCACUGAACCAAGUGGCUCCGGCGAUACGUAUGUGGGCAACGUAGGCAAGCCCUAUGGAAGCAAUAUCAUCAUUAUUCCGCCCGAACAAGCAAGUAAAUACAAAUAUGUCGCAAAAUUUACGGGCUCGCCAACAGGGGAAUGGAAAGUGGUUAUCUGGAACAAAAUAGGUCCUGGCGGUAGAAUGGACGGGUGGUAUGGUAAUGCCUGUCGUUCUUUCGCGCUGGCGGCCGGGCAAACGAAAUACGUUGCCUUUGCCCCAAACUCCCAGGGUGGUUGGGCCAUGACAAAAGCGGCAUCGAUCCCCAAAGAUCAAUAUGGCGGCUAUGCCUCUACUUGGGGGGAAUUCGAUUUUGGCUCCACCGAAAAUGAUGGCUGGUCUGGCUUCGACGUUUCUGCAAUUCAAGCUCAAUAUGCACAAUUAGAGGUCCAGGGCAUGCAAAUCUGCUCCGCUCUCAACAAAGGUCUCUGCUCAUACAUAACAAAGGGUGCAAAGGUUGUUCACAAUGCCUACACUACAUCCACCGCAGAGCUCGGAGGCAUUGGGGGCAACCUAUUGCCUGGCCCAGUUCGGUUAGCGGUGGAAAUUGGGUUUGAAGAGUGA